AUGGGGUUCUUAAUGCAUGCAAUGAAAUUCUUGAGCUUAUUCCUUAUCAUCUUCUUCUUUUUCAAACCUCGACUUACGUGUUCCUCAUAUCCUUUGUCUUCUUCAAACGUAGUGUUUUGCCCUCCUGAUCAGAGCCUUGCUCUGCUUCGGUUCAAGAACACUUUCUCUACUAAUCAUUCUGCGUCUUCAUACUGUGACGACGUGUCAUAUCCGAAGACAGAUUAUUGGAAUGAGAGCGUGGAUUGCUGCUUGUGGGACGGUGUCGCUUGUGAUGGUGACACAGGCAAUGUCAUUGAACUUGAUCUCAGUUGCAGUUGGCUUCAAGGUGUCAUCCAUUCAAAUAGCUCUCUUUUCAAUCUUUUUCACCUUCGGAGGCUCAACCUUGCUUAUAAUGACUUUGUGCAGUCUCAGGUUUCUCCCGAUUUUGGUAGGUUUUCUAGUCUCACACACCUUAACCUAUCAUUUUCAAUGCUUUCAGGGAAACUCCCAUUUGAUUUGUCUCAUCUAUCUCGAUUGGUUUCACUUGAUCUGACUGCCAACGAAGGUUUAGAAUUUGAUACAUCUGUUUUCAAAGGCCUUGUUAAGAACCUAACCCAAUUAACACAACUUUGUCUUAACUCUGUAAACAUGAGUUCUGUCCCUCCUAAUUUGUUGAUGAACAUUUCCUCUUCUUUGACAACUCUCAAACUCGGCUUUACUGGAAUGCUUGGGAACUUCCCAGCUGGUUACGUUUUCCGUCUACCAAACCUCCAGUAUCUCGAACUAAAUGCUAACCAUCUCACAGGGUCACUUCCAGAGUCUAACUGGAGUACUUCUCUCAAAACCUUACAGCUUAGAGACUGUCAUUUCACAGGGUCGCUUCCGAUGUCAAUAGGGAACCUCACACAGAUCACAUUCAUUGACAUCCCGUCUAACAAUUUAAGUGGUGAGAUUCCAGCCUCCAUCUCAAACCUUGUCCAGCUUGAGCAUUUGACGCUUGAAGAUAACACAUUCCAAGGCCAAAUUCCUGAUGCAUUUGACAACCUGAGUAAACUAAAUCAUAUAGAUCUCGGCAGAAAUAAAUUAACUGGUAAGUUGCCCUCAUCAAUAUUCAAUCUAACUCAACUCCUCUAUAUUGAUUUUUCUUCCAAUCAGCUUGAAGGUCCGUUCCCUGAAUAUGCAACUCAGCUUUCAAAGCUAAGUAGACUUCACCUGUCUGAUAACAUGCUAAAUGGGGUAAUACCUCCUUGGCUUCUCAGUUUGCCAUUUUUAGAAUAUUUGUUUCUCCGAAACAACUUCCUCGCUGGUAAUAUCAGCGAAAUCAAAACUUCUUCAUUACUUCACAUUGAUUUGUCAAAUAAUAAUCUAUCUGGACCUAUUCCUAGUUCUAUCUUCAAACUCGAGAAAUUGACUACUUUGCUGCUUUCCUCAAAUAGCCUAAGUGGAGUUGUGGAGAUGGACACGCCAUCAAAGCUCAAAAGCUUAAUCAUGCUAGGUCUUGAAGAAAACUUGCUUGAGGGUAGACUCCCUAUUUCCCCUAAGACUUUAGCUUUCUUCUUCGCCUCCAAAAACAAUUUUACCGGAGGAGUUUCAUCAUCGAUUUGUCAUCUAGAACAACUUAGGGUUCUUGACUUGUCCCACAACAGUCUAGCUGGUAAGGUUCCACGUUGUCUUGGAAAUUUUAGCAACAACUUGUUAGAACUGAAUAUAAGGAUGAAUAGCUUUCAAGGAACAAUACCUGAAGAAUUGGGAACCAACUUGAGAAGCUUCAAAUUGAAUGGAAAUCAGUUUGGAGGAUCAUUGCCAAGGUCUUUGCUCAACUGUUCUAAGUUGGAAGUCUUAGACGUUGGCAAUAACAAGUUACAUGACAUAUUUCGUAAUUGGUUGGAAACUCUUCCAGAAUUGCAGGUUCUUGUUUUGCAGUCAAAUAGUUUCCAUGGUCUUGUUACAUCAGGUUCCCAGGCUAACAACCUCUUCCCCAAGCUGAAAAUUUUUGACAUCUCAAGGAACAAUUUUAGUGGUCCACUCCCAACUGGGUAUUUCAAAAAUUUCAAAGCCAUGAUGGAUGUCAAUGAAUCAAAAAGUGGCAAACUAUAUAUUGGAGGCGACUUUUAUAACGACUCUUUGGAGUUGACAAUAAAAUGA